AUGUCGCGAUCCUUCUCGACCACUGUGCGGGCAAUGCUCGACAUUUUUUGGAAAAACACCCAAGCGAUACCAGAGGGCGACGAACAUGACUCUGAAGCAGAUCCUGACCUGCGCGUAUCGGGGCAGAUAUUCAACAAGGAGGGAAUGCGGGUUACGUCAGGGCAUUGGUAUAAAGACGGGCGAGUGGUGUAUUCGAGGAGCAGCUUUAAUAAAUGA